AUGCAGCGAAUGUCUUUGGAGCACGACAGAAAUAUCGAAGCGAGCUUUGGCCAUGAGCAGGCCCUUCAACGCGAGUGCAAGGCAGCUUCGGCUCUCCUGGGGAAGAUGCAAGCGCAGCAAGCAGAAUUUUCUCAUGCCAAGUAUCAGGAGUCUGAAGCAUUGAAAGCCCAGUUAGUUUCUCUAAGUGAGGAUUUGUCAAAGCAGCUGGAGCUUGUAGAUGCCAAGGUGGAGGAAGCGAACACCCUGAAGGAGAAGUUUGAAGCAUCUCAGCUUGAGCUCGAAAGGUUUUCUGCCGAGUACUGCAUCUUGCAGGAUGUCCUUCUUCAAGACUGCGGCGAGGACUUGCCGCUAUACCUCAAGAAGCUGCUAGACAUCGCAAAACGCAAGAGAGAGGCCCUGGAAAACCAGCUUGCUAAAAAAGAGGAGCAGUUCAAUCUACUCCAGCAAAACUAUCAGUACUUAAAGGACCGGUACCAGUGGCCGUUACAAGAUCUCGGUGCAUUCGUCCGGAGCAUCAUCGAAGCAUUUGUCCGGAGCAUCAUCGAGCACACCAACCAGUCGUCAGAAGCUGCAGUGUCUCUUGAACAGAGACACGAAAAGGUGGCGGAGACUUUGAGAGAGAGAGAGAAUGCUGUUAAGUGUAACAAUUCGUCGCAAGCGGAAGCAGACGUAAGCUCCUUUACCGAGAAGGCAGAAACAGAGUGCGAGGGGUUAGACGAGAAAGUCAGCAGCCUCCUAAAACGCAACGGAAAGCUAGAAAGCGAAGCCGACAUUUUGUGGUCAGAACUUUCCUGCCUGGAGGAGCAAGCUGAGAUGCUCAUCAGCGACAACAAACAUUUUCAACAGCUAGCUGAGAACUUAAAACAGGCACGACAAUGCCUCGAGGAGGAGUUGAAGACUCAGCGCGAGCAGCACGUCAAGGCCACCAAGGAGAUGGAGAAAGAGCACUGCACUGCGCUGGACGAAGCGGCCAAGUGUGCGCUCAGCUCACAAAAACAGUGGGCAACAGCCAGACGAGAUAUCGCAGUCUUCGCGGAGCAGCAGGGCGCCGUGGGACAAAAGACCAUGCAGGAGCUGCAAGAGCUGUGGCAAGCAAAUCAGCAGUUGCAAGAACGCUUUCACCUGCUCAAAGACAAGCAUCUCAAGGCUGAAGAACGGUUGGUACAGGCGCCAAACCAAAAAGUGGAGGCCUCGAUGGAACAUGUCACCGAGGGCACUGGGGGUACAGCGAGAACUUUGGAGGCACCAGCAAGCCGAGUCGAAAUACAGGAACUCUCCCGGCGGUGCGAGUCCCUUUUGAAACAGUCUCGUGCCGAGGAGAACAAGUGA